AUGUGUUGUAACUACGGGAACUCCUGUGGCUAUGGCUGUGGAUGUGGCUAUGGCUGUGGCUAUGGGACAGGUUAUGGCUGUGGCUAUGGCUCCCGUUGUGGCUACGGCUAUGGCUCAGGCUGUGGCUGUGGCUAUGGCUUAGGCUGUGGCUAUAGCUAUGGCUCAGGCUGUGGCUGUGGCUAUGGCUCAGGCUGUGGCUGUGGCUAUGGCUCCCGUUAUGGCUGUGGCUAUGGCUCAGGAUGUGGCUAUGGCUAUGGCUCUGGCUGCUGUGGCUACCAGCCACUUUGCUACCGAAGAUGUUAUUCUUCUUGCUGCUAG